CAUUUUAAGAGUGAUCGCUAGCGCUAACGGUCUCGAAAUUGAAUUUCCUUGUGCUUUGCUACUAGCCCAGCCAUUAAUAAAGAUUAACAAUAAGGCAUAAUAAAGAACAAAAUUCGGCGGAGUUGGCCCUGAACAGGCAAGGUUCUUUGCGAUAAAAUGACGUCAUCAGUGCCCCUACUUGCUGAAAUCGUUUCGGAUGAAUAUCUUAGGAGGCAAUCUCCAUCUAAACUUACUACUACCUUUUCGAACCAUCUCAACGUGUCGUCAGUGUCAACGAGUGGACGACCAGACAACAAGCAGCCAGCGAACACGUCUCUUGCUCUGAACUGCUCACCAGUGCAAAACGAACCCACGACAGCCACCUCUGCAAGUAUUUACGCUAAAGUGUUUCCUGAGGUUGAUCGUGAUUUACCAACACUUCAAGAACAACAGUUGUCAUCAGUGACAAAUGCGACAAAGGAUACUCCUGCAGAAAGUCUUCCAAAAAGUGAAAGCAACGCCACUGUGGGGUCAGAAAAACAAGACCAACCAAGACAGAUCAUCUCCAAGCAGGUAGAAUUCGACUUGGCCUCAGUACUCUUUGCGCCUUGCAACACGGCUGCGUCAUCAGCCAAGAAUAAAAAGAAACAUAAAAAACGGUCCCUGGGUCGCUCACAAUCUUAUGAAGAGAUAGGUACGAAAUCACAUGAGACUUCGGAUUUGAAAACUGGAAAAAGAGUGACGUUCAAAGAAGAAAUGGUUGAGAUCCGAGAAGCUGUUGAAAAUGAUAAAGAUUCUACAAUAGGAAAAGGCAAGAAUUACCUUUUUACUGGGGAAGAUGGGGACGACGAUAAUUUUUACAACAAUGAUCUUGAGCUGAGUAUUAAUGAUGGUGCAUCCAAUUCUUCGCACGUCAAUCCAAAUACAAAUAGACAAUCCGAGAUUACAUCAAACGAAAGCGACGUAAAAACGUCAGUGGUACCAAGAGAACCUCAAGAGAAACAGACGGAUGUGAGAGUAACGGAGAACAAUAUUCCCGCGUUGAGGAACAUGACCCCCUUCUCAGAGACAGAAAUUAUGCAGCACGCAAGUAAAAACCAAGGUGUUGUGGUUUGUAUGGCAAUGGAGUCAGGUGUACAGAGAGAUGAAACAUUUUCUAGGAAACAGGAAAAGAUAUCCAAAGAUGUUCUCCCAGUCUUGAGAUCUGAAGAAAUACAGGCUCGGUGUGUUCCAAAGGACAAUACCCAAGGUCCGGCAGUAAACAUGGCAACAGAUUCUAAUGGACACAAAGCAGUAUCAGUCGAUAAGGAAACUGAGGAGAAAUGUCAAGCUAACCAGAACCGAACCAAACCAAAUCAGAACCAAACGACUUCAGAAACUACAGAAAUCCCUUUUGUCAACCCUAAUGAUUUUACUGAGCCUUGGACUAGUACAACAAAGAAUGUGGAAGGACAAACGGAACAACAUGUGUCUGACUAUGACGAUGAUGAACCCAAUCUCAUUAUUGAUGAAUCCCCUGUAACACAACAGCACAAGGAUUGCGCUAAAACUGUGGUCAACAUCAUAAAACCAGCCCAGCCUCAAGAUAACAUGCCAUCAGUACACAAAACUAAUGUGGGUAAUCAAACAAGAAAGCCACACGAAGGAAACGUUAUCCAACAAGACAGCCGUUUGCUGGUUGAUACUUCAAAGAAACCAGAAAAUGACAGCCGAAUUAAGGUCCAUCUAGUCAACUCUGCAGAGGCAUCGAAGCAAACUUCUUCCGUCUCCGGCACUCUGCUCUCAGGCUUUGUCAGUGAAUAUUCACAAAGAACCACAGCUUCAUGUUCGGUAAAUGAUGCGCAUCCAUCAUUAACUAUCAACGGUUCCUCACCUACAAGUAUGACAACAGAAUUUACGAAUGCUUGUACACCUGCGCUUGAAGGCAGGCAGGGUUCAACUGGAGAAGAAAUCAGUGACUUGGCAGUAACUAGAUUGAGUGAUACAAACGUCAAAUCACGCCCUUCUGUCAAUCUUGAGAACACCCCCAGCACUUACUCCACCAUUUAUACUACCAAUGAAUUAUUCCCCACUGGAUCGAUUACAAACCGUCUUCUCUCGCCAUCUUAUUUUCAAAGAAGUGCAGUCAGCGCCACGCAAGGUUCUCACGGGUAUCACUGUCUGGCUUCGAACCCACGUUUAACUUCAAACAUUCCUUAUUUCACAGGUCUUAGCCAUGUGUCACUGAAUACCCAAAACAAACCAGACCACAUCGAAACAUUAUUUCCAACGCAAGGAACACAUACGCAAGUUGUGUGGCCUAGAAAUAAUUCACCCAGGGCUCCCCGGCCGCCGAUGAAACAAUCAGGUACCUGGAAAUCAAGAGGUUACCAAACUCACGCAACGUCAGCCAUUCGGUACCAGCCAGUCUUGCUUCCAUCAUGUCAUCAGAUUGUGCCUAACAGAUAUGUUACAGGGGCAACGGGACACCAAGUAAGCCCCCGAAACUGGCCGAGUCAAGUUGUGAGGAUUUUACAACCGUUGCCGGUGAUGUCUGAAAACAACCAGCCUGUUAGGUAUAUAAUUCACAAAGACGCUGCUCCAACGGCCUCUGCAUCACCACCAUUACUACCAACGCCUUCAACACCUGCAGUUACAUCUCUCCACCAACAUGCACCUGUACAGCAGCUUAUCAUACAUCAGCCAAUGAUGACAACAGCUCCGGGUCAACAGGUGUACCAGCAGAUAAGUCCUAAUGUCACGUUUCCUCAAAAUCCGUCAUUACCAAUUCCUGCUCCAUCAACAUUUCCACAAAAUCAACCACCAUCCCCACCGCCACCUCCUCCUCCGUCGACAUCAAAGCAGUCUCCUUGUGUAAGAGUGAUACCACACCACACAUCCUCUGAGAGAGAUUCCACUUCAAACGAUUCAGUCUCGAGAUCCAAUCCUGCUCCAAUCAUUCCAAAUGGUACACUUUUCAUCCAAACUCCUAAAGGACUAGUUCAACUACAGGGGCAAUAUGGACAUAACAGGAAACCAUCUGCCAGCGGUUCAUCCCGUCAGCACAAACUAACAAAACCUACGGAUGGCAAAGUCGCAGCCUCUACCAGUCAGGAUCGUGGGGCUUCGAAUGUUGCUUCUGUACCAAUACGUCCUAUUUUUUCCAGAGUCAACAAGCACCUGCAUUCUGGAGCUCAAACACCCAAAGCUACGACUGUCCAUAUGAAACCUGGUCAAACUACGGGGAUAAGACUGCCGUAUCAAAUGCUCUCACAAAAACAGCUGCUUUGCCUGACGAACAAAACUACAUCACAAGAACAAAAGAAUCAAGAAGAGGUUGAAUAUGGAAAAGGCUCAGAGAAGAUCGUCGUCAAUAAAUCUGGAAAGAGCAUCACAGAGAAAAACCAACAGCGUAACAGUGAGAAGACAAAUGUUGCCGAUGAAAUAUUUACAAAACGUCUUGCUGUUCAGAGUGCUCAAUCCUUAAAAGGGGUGGCAGACGAAGAUGCAAUGGCAGCAGGUUUGAUCCAAGAAGAACGGGAAAACGACAGGAGAACUGGAGGACAUACACGAAAUGAGGCUUUAAGAGAUGACAAAGAACCUUUUCGGCAUGCUGCACUCAGCAAGAACACAAGCCCCGAUCCUCGGAAAAAGUUGCUGUAUCGACCUGGCGCUGACACGGGGUCCUUCUCAAAAGGUCGAUAUGUGAAAUUCCUGGACAGUUCAGUAACUGUGAAUUGCAUCUAUGUUCCCGAAAAAACCCAAUCAGACCAGAGGAGAGAAAAUGACUCACAAGUUACAUCGAGAAGAGUUGAAUUGAGUCCUUCAUCGAAGACAGUAUGUUUGGAUGAUUCGGACACGGCUCUAAGUGACAAAGAUGGGGAUAGCGAGGACAACCCAAGUAGGAAGCAAUCUUUGAACAGCCUUGACACUUUGUCUUCAGACGACACGAGUCACGCUGAGGAUUCCGCUGAAAACAAAAGUCCGUCUGAUGACAAGGAUGAAUGGCGACCAUCCGUACCAGUAAAAGCACCAUCCAAAUGUACAAGAAGGUUCAGAAACCCCUUCACCGGUGGUUUAUCAAAGAUAAACAUUCGGACAUCUAGACGAAGUUCAGGAGAUGCAAGAGGACUGUCACAAUCAGAGAGUGUAAAAUGUGCUACGAAACUUGACAGGAGACACAAUGAUGAGACAUACGCACCACAGACUGCACAUCAAAGGUAUGCUCUCAGACGAAGAGGAAGGAAAGAUUCCCGGUACCUACCUCAGAUUUCUACCAAUGACGAAUCGUCCUCACCUGAGGAUGUACAUCUACAGAAACCAAUCUCUAGUUCACAAACCAAGGAGGAAAACUUCAUAACUGAUGAAAGCAACAGAAGAAAGAUUACAAAUCUUUCCGUCCAUGAGUCCUCUUUGUGUUCAACUGCUUCGUCCACGCCACCUUUCAAAGAGGAUUGUACUCUGAACAGUCCUCUUGGUGAUGAGAAGCAAUCUAACAAUACACCAGUCAAUGAAAUGGCAAAGAAGAAAUAUUCCACUGAUGCUAAACGCAGUAAAGAAAUAUCUGAAAGCAAGCCAAGUAGUCCGUAUAAAAGGCGUCAUUUAAGAUCAUCUAUAAGUCAAAGUAGUGACUCUGAUACAGUUUCGUCCAAAUAUUUAAAGAGAGUAAGUUUUGGCGACAGUGAGAGUUCUGCAUGCCCUGAAAAUAUGGAGGUCCCAUGUCGAUUGGCAAGAAGAAAUCUGAGACGUAAGCAAUCUGGGGGGCACCCGUCAAACCAUGCCCCUCUGUGGCAGAAGGUCUUAAGAAUGUUGGGACUGAAGAAGAAAAGAAAGCCUGCUCGUGAAGCGCCCCCUGGAGGAAUGCCUUGGCACAGACGAAGGAGUUCAUCAGUAGUCCUGGUCGAGUCUCUCACUGAAUCAGCAAAGCAGCUUGACAGAAGCAAAGAUGACACGAAUGAUGCUGAAAGAGAGAAAAAAUCAAAUAUCAAAGCUAUGAGUUUACAACCGAAGGCAAAAAGUGGGAAGAAAUGGCAAACUCCAAAUAGAGAAAGAAAAAAUGUAAAUAAAGAUUCUGACGGUAAACCAGCCAUGAAAAAGAAAGGAAAACAAAAAGCAGGCAAAAAGCAGGUGAAGAGACGUAAGCUCGUGAGAAAAUCUAAAAUUUCGCCUCAGAGCUUGACUGAUACAAGCCUGACAUCAAUCGACCUUGAUGCUAGAAGAAAGACGAGGUCGACAACGAGAAAUUCGGCAUCCAGCAGCAGUUGCCAAAUAGAUAGCUCUCCAUCAUCUUCCAUCAGGCGAGGAAGGAGGACCCUCGCUUCUAUUUCAGCCCAGACUUGGGAAGACUGUUAUCGCUGCACCUACCUCAAAUGGAAGGAGGCUGAAAUAAGCCCAGAGAACCUAGCCAAGGAUGAAGGAUUUAAAGUGAUGACAAACGAGCUUGGGACUCCAAGAUCCGGACCUUCGAAGGAUAAGAAGAAUUUCCAGAAGCUUCUCAUGUCCAAGUGGGAGGACAUUGUUCAAAGUUCACAAACUGGAUCACUAACAGAAUGCGAGGCAAUUAAAAGAGAGUCGCAAGUCAAGACAGAAGAGAGCAUAUUGGUGGAGACUCCACCGGUUGCUGCUGAGUUUAGUGUGUCCACUUCCGGUCUUCUUGAGAAUGAUAUAACUAGUACGUGGAUAACUGAUACUACCGUUGAUAAGGGUGAUAAAAGUCUCAUGUUUGGAAAUGGAAUUGAACGUCAAGACGUCGACAUUGAAGCCAAAUGGAUGAAGAACGACAUUGGAAACACAGAACCUAGUGAAACGUUUUCCUCUGAUGAAGCUUCUCAACAAAAAUGUGACUCUGAUUCCUAUGGAAUGCCUCCAGUGCUGAGUCCGGUUCAAGACUUGACUGGGGACUGCGUUAGCCGGAGGGGGCUAUUGGGAGAGACAUUUGAUACACUUGAAAGUGCAAAAGCUGCAGGUUAUAUUGUGCCAGAAUCAUUGACAGAGGAGACACUUCGUUUGUUAGCUGAAGAUGGAAGUAUCGAUUCUGAUCUUACAGGUGUUCAAGCCUUUGCUCUCUUUAUGCCUAGCAUAGUUGAGGACUCGUAUGAUGACUCUACCUUUCUGUCAGAAACAUCACAUCUUAACGACAAUGACGUUAGCUGUGACGGCGAUGACGAAAAUGAAGUGCCACCUGUCAUCUCUUGUCAUCGGCUGGACAACUUAAAUUAUGGAAGUGCCAAUAUUCAAAAUGACAAAGAAGCAGGAGAGUUGGGUGUUGGCAGUACAGUUGUCGAAAAGUCAGAUUUCUGUGAGUCUCCUGAUUUCAACAUUUCGAUUUCAACUGUUGUGGAAUCAUCUAGGUGUGGAUUUGUAGACAAACGGAUCCCUAGCGAUGCUGAGCAAAACAUUAUGUUUGAAGCAACAACAGCGUCUGCAACGCAUAGGGACUGUUGCCCAGCAACAGAUGAGAUGAUGCCAGCUGCGAGGCUUCCCCAUAGCAACGAGGACUGUGCUGGUGGUAACUGCUGCACAGUCCUCCUGGAAACAGAUACAUCGACAGUUUCUCUUGAAGGAGGAGAGAUUAUUUAAGAUGACAUGAAGAGUGAUGAUAAAAGUUUAACUAAAGAAUUUGUAACAACUAGUUUAUACUGAUGGUUACAUGUUUAGUUUCAAGUGAUUGAGUAUUGUAAAAGAGUCUCAUGUCAGAAAAAAUAGUGUGUUUUUUUUCAAACCUGUUAGAUAAAUAAUGCAAUCAUUUUGUAAAUAAAUUAAUCUCAUCACAGAUAAUGCUUGACGUCCAAAUGAAUGAUGUACACAUAAUGGACAUCAUUUAUCAGUUUGAAUAUUGUUUGGUAGUUGCUUUCAUUGAAUGUGUCCCACGUAGCCAAGCUAAAAUUGCUGAGUUUUUGGCUCAACAAAAGUUACAUAAAUACGUGACACCAAAACAUAAUGUUAUUUUAAGUGGAAGUAACGUUCUUUAAAAUUUAAUUUAAAAAAAAGGCAACCUGUCCAGGGCCAACUUUCACUCGCCACCUCUGGACACAUGUACGUCAUUAUUUCACAAUCCCGAGCAAGCAUUCAUGAUAAGUUAGCAUCGUUUGACAUGUUUGAGAUAACAUAUGAAUGAAAUGUGUAUUGUAGAUGCUUUAGAAGUAUUGUCGCACGACUGAAUGUUUGUGAGGAAUCAAUAAACGUACAUAUUUUUGUUAAUCAUAA